AAUAACCAGUCCAUGCCACGCAGUCAAUACACGUUGCAAUGGACGAGAUAUGCAGAGUCAGCGGAAUAAGUAAUAAAACCAACGCGAGCACGCGGCUCGACCUCUUUUCAUCGGUAGCAGCUGCGGCAACAUAACGUUCAGUGCAUAGGGUAGUUUGUGUUGUAAUACAAAGUGUUUAAAGUGCAGUUUUUUAAAAAAUCAUUUUACCAAAAGAAAUCCUUAACUGGCGCAGCCGGUAGGAUACGGUUGUGUGGUGUAGAAAAAAUAGUACAGUGCGACAGCAGACCCAACGAGGGAAAAAGCAGCAACCGACACCUGUGCUAGCCACGGACCGGCCUACUCUCACCAAUGAUAAUCAUAAUCAUCAUCUUACUAUUCUUGCUGACACCAGGACAAGCAGACAUUUACAUACAUGACGUGAGGCAAAACCCUAUCAUCAUAAUCCCUAUAGGAAACGCUAAAAUAUGUAAUAGUUAUCUGAGGAUCAUACACCCAAUUGAACUAGAGCCUAUAGAACAAGUCAUCAAUGAACUAUCAUCAAAAGCACAUGAAAAAAUUAUUCACGAUAGAAUUCUGAAUCCAAUUAUAAAAACAAAGAUUGAAAAAUUGUCAUUAACAUUUAAGAAAAUCAGAACAUCAGAAAGGCGAGUUAAAAGAUGGGAUACCUUAGGAAAAGGCUGGAAGUACAUAUCAGGCAGCCCAGACGCUGACGACAUAAGACUAGUUAACGCGACUAUAAACACAAUUAUUAAUCAGGAGAACAAUCAAAUGAAAAUCAAUUCAGGACUUGAUACAAGAAUUAGGAACAUUACGUAUGUUAUAAAUGCACUCAUUUCAAAGAACAACAAUCUAUCAUCAGAGUUAAGCGAAGGGUUCUCAUCUGUGAAUCUAUUAUUCAACAUCGACGAGCUGACUCAACAGAUCGAGACAAUUGGAGAAGCCAUAACCUUGGCUCGAUGGAACAUUCCUAGCAGUCGCCUGAUUAGCCUUACUGAAUUAACUGCAGCCCAGGACUUCCUUAGAACUCAAGGACUUGAUGUAGCCACUGCAGAAAGCGUAUUAGAGAUUGCGAGGGCAUACAUAAUAACUACCAAAGGAUCCAUCAAGUAUGUAUUGAGAGUUCCCAAGCUUACAAAUGAAAUCUAUACUCUUUACCAAAUCGAACCUGUCAUAUCGAAUGGGACCAGAAUUCAAAUGAACAGUCAUUACUAUUUGAACGGAACUACUUCCUUCUCUACAAGGUCAAUGUGUGAGCAAAGGGUAGAACAGUUUAUUUGCCACUCUUCACAGCUCGAACCACCACCAAAAUGUAUCCAGAAACUGAUGAGUGGAUCAUCGGCAAAUUGCCCUGUAGAAAAGGUUUACGGACGCAAUAUUAUCAAGAGAAUCAACGAUGCCACUAUUAUUAUCAACGAAGCGAGUAUCGUCUUGAAAUCUAACUGCAGUAUGCAUAACAGCAAGCUCGAAGGAUCUUUUCUUAUCCAGUUCUCGAACUGCGCAAUCAACCUAGGCGGAGAUCAGUUUACAAACAUCAAUAUGGAAAUUCCCGGCAAGACCUUCAUCCCAACUACUGGUCUAAAGGUAAAUGUUACUAAUAUAAUAGACCGUAUUCCUCUGGAAUACUUACAGGAACUCCACAUGGCGAAUCGGGACCACAUUCAACAUCUGAAUCUUACAAACGAAAGUAUUCACACCAAGAUUCGUUUACUCCACUGGAUAUCCUUCGGUUCUAUAUCAGUUACGACCCUCGCAGCAAUUGGAAUUACGCUAGGCUAUAUAGUUAAAACGUUAGUUACCAGGAAGACAACAAUCACUAUUCAACAUGGCUAUCAGGAGACAACCCAGGAGACGGGAAAGAAUUCGUUGAAAACUGCCACGUACCAUGGAGACCAUCUUAUUCCUCAAGUAGAACCAGAAACACCCGAAAGUCGAGGACGACUUUCAAACCAAGAGGGAAGCCGUUAGGAAUAACCAGUCCAUGCCACGCAGUCAAUACACGUUGCAAUGGACGAGAUAUGCAGAGUCAGCGGAAUAAGUAAUAAAACCAACGCGAGCACGCGGCUCGACCUCUUUUCAUCGGUAGCAGCUGCGGCAACAUAACGUUCAGUGCAUAGGGUAGUUUGUGUUGUAAUACAAAGUGUUUAAAGUGUA